AUGGCGCUGUGCGGGCGGGCCUGGGCGCGCUGUGCCCGCGGGCCGCGGCUCGGGCUCUGCGGGACCCGUGGCGUGCGGGGCUCCAACCCCUUCACCCGGCAGCAGGAGGAGGAGUGGCGGCGCCGGAACCGCUCGGCCGUGGGCUACAUCGCGGCGGCGGCCGUGGGCAUGGUGGGGCUGUCGUACGCGGCCGUGCCGCUCUACCGCCUCUACUGCCAGGCCACGGGGCUCGGCGGGACGGCGGGCACGGAGCGCGACGCGGAGCGGAUCGAGCGCAUGGAGCCCGUCCGGGACCGGCGCAUCAGGGUCACUUUUAACGCCGACACGCACGCCAGCAUCCAGUGGAACUUCAAACCGCAGCAGAGCGAGAUUUACGUGGUACCAGGAGAGACUGCACUGGCAUUUUAUAAAGCAAAAAAUCCUACCGACAAACCAAUAAUUGGGAUCUCCACCUACAACGUCGUCCCCUUUGAAGCAGGACAAUAUUUCAAUAAAAUACAAUGUUUUUGUUUUGAAGAACAGAGGCUAAAUCCUCAGGAGGAAGUGGACAUGCCUGUCUUUUUCUACAUUGACCCAGAGUUUGCAGAGGACCCUAAAAUGGCUAAAGUUGAUUUGAUCACACUCUCUUACACCUUCUUUGAAGCAAAGGAAGGACAGAAGUUGCCACUUCCUGGGUAUCAGUAACUACAAAAUGUGACUUCUGCUACAUCUGAGUGCCAGUUUUGAUGCCAUUUUUCCUUGGAAGAAAAAACUGCAGAAGUACUGUGCAGUAUGAAAUUAUAUUAAACCUCCAUGGGCAUACACUGUUAAGAAAGUAUAUGUAUAUAUAUAUUUUUUGGAAACCAAGAUAAUGUAUUCCCUAUUUCUUAGGGAUAGUGUUUCUUCAUCAGAGAGUGGAAGGGAACACACUGUUCCUGAAAUAAGAGAGGGUUUUCUCAGGCCAUCUUUUUGUAAGAUGUUAUCUGAAUACUGCAAGGCAAAUUUUUAAACCAACAUGUAAAUUAAACUCUUCAUUUAAAUACAGAAGAAAACAUCUGUUGAUUAAACAUCUAAAAUUCUA